AUGCCGCGCUGUCAUGUGUCGCUAGGUCUUCCAUACGAUUUCGGAGAUUCCGACUUUCUCUACUCGCCCUCCUGCGAGCGCACUGAGCAGCUGUACUGUCCCCCAGGCCUACCGGUGGCCUUGCAGCUGACGCUGAAGGCAGCCAGUCGGUCUGCCACGGUCUGGGCUGCCAUGUUGGAAGGACUAAUCCCGGGCAUCGUUGCUGCGCGCCGCACGUUGGGAGUUGCCCUGAGUUCGGACAAAGGAAGCAACAUUGCACGGUGGGUGCAGGAGUGGAUUGAGCAUGAAGAGAUGCGUCUGGGCUGCCCCGCAGACCUGGCGAUGUUCUCCAUCUCGAGGAGCUUGCACAUGCUGGACGAUGCCAGGAUAGGCCUUCCCAUGGCGCUGUGCCCAACCUGCUGCCUCCACGGGUACGGCCGGCUAAGGGUGAUCUUCAUCCGGGAUCCCUUCGCAAGGAUGUCCAGCUUCUUCCAUGGCUACUGGUCGCACAGGAAAGGCCACCUGCUACCCCCGGGUUCCUUCACUCCAUUUGAGACCUGGAUUCACAUGAUUCUGAGCCCAAAUGCAUCGGCCUCUCCCCUCUUUGAAGCCAGCGACCUGGAUCAUGUCCGCCCUGCUCUGGACAAGCCGCUGCCAAGCAACCACCGGCAGGUGGUCUUCUGCAUUGAGGACGUCGAAAAGUCGGUGCGGCGGGUGGAAGACGCGCUCUGCAGGGGAUUCCAACACUGCACUCCGUUGCCGAGCUUUCCUGCGGUGAAGCGCACGAAGAGGAAGCCACAGAUGAGUACCGCGGUGGCAGGCCUGAUUCGUGAGCGCUUCCGCUUUGACUACGAAGCUCUGGCCUCUUGCUAA